AUGACUGGGGAUUUGCCCGAUGACUUUUUGCGCAUAUCGCCAGCAGUUAAUCAAGGGCAGACAAUGCCAGUUCAGCCUAUGCCAUAUUAUCAGCCAACUGUAUUCAUGCAGCCAUAUCAACAACAACCAUUAGGAAGAUUAAGUAUCACACUACAACAGGUUCGUAAGUUGUUAAAUAUUAUUAAAUCUACUAAAUCAGUAAAAUCUUAUUAUCCAGGGACUGUGGAGCUAUGGGACUGGGUGGGCUAAAGCCCUUCCAAUAAUUUUGCCACGAAUAUUUUUUGGAUGAAUUUCCAAAGGUAAUUCCAAUCUUUGUGUUAAGAGCAAACACAAUUUUCAUUGUUAAAUGUACGUUUUUAUGCAAAACACUAACAGAAUGGUGGCAACAAUUUGACAAAAUUUGCUCAGGGUUAACAGAAAUAAACACCUUUCUGGUGAUUCAGAAGCUCUAAGUUUCAAAUUGGCUAGUCUAGAAUUUCAUGCUUUUUUAAUACUGUAUUGCAGCCGACGCAUUUUAAAAUCCAUGAUAAGAUUCUGAUACAAAUGCUUCUGAGAAAAUUUCUUCUUGCACCCUGCCAUUAAUUGAAGGAGUUUCAAGCUAUGUCACUCACUGAUGAGAACAUGGUUCUUAGUUAUAAUUAGUAAAGUUGACUUUUGCAGGCCAAACUUGCCAAGAAUUAUGGCAUUACACGUAUGGAUCCCUACUGUCGAAUCACAGUUGGAAGCCAUGUAUUUGAAAGUCCAACGGCCCACAAUGGCUCAACAAGUCCCCGAUGGAACAAGUUAAUGUCUAUGUAUGUAUCAUUGCAGAUAGUGUUCCAGAUCUCACCGUGAAGCUGUCUUUCUUGCUUGACUGUUAAUGGUCUUUUGUUUUCCUCCAUUAAUGUGAUAUUUAUGUCAGUUAUGUGUGUGUCAGUGGCAAGCUGGAGCUGCACUUUUUAAGUUGUUUUUAUUUCCAAACAGUUCCUUGGUUUAUCCAUUAGAAAAAUAACUAAAAAUUGUUGGAAGAAUUGUUACACUGUACUACCAUUCUAAAAAAAGCUCAUAUUAGAGGACUUGCAUAACUGAGAUUUAAUGUUAUUUUUAAAAAGAGAGAAUAUAUCUGAAAAACAAACUGCUGCACACACACUCGCAAAAAAUGAACUCCUUAGUAGGUUUAUUGUAUAUUCUUUUGGUUUUGUUGGUAAAUAAGACUAGUUUUGCUAUUCUCUUUUGCAGACCCAUCCAAGAAGGUGUUACUAACAUAUAUGUCGAGGUCUUUGAUGAGGUAUUUUAGUUUUCUGUCAUCAAUAUAGACCUGCCCAGUUUUAACAACUCCUUACAGAAGCUGAUUUUUUGAAGUUGUUAAUAUAUUUUAGUCCAAGCGAGUUGUCCAAUAUUAUGUCAGCCGAGGAUCUCAAUCCACACGAAUACCAGUGCACAAUUUACUUCUCAGACUCAUUUUACCAAAUGUCAUUUCUUAAAUGGCUACCUUUGUUUAAGGCCGCUGGAAAAGAAUUAAUUUUGUGGCCCUCUUUAGACAGAAUAAAUUAUAAUGGAAUCUUAAUACAGCCAGUACAGUUGAACCUCCACUAAUGCAACCCUGUUAGGGUAACAUUCCAACAAGCAGCAUGGCUUUGAAACAGAGGUGUAAGACAGCUGAAAUGUUGUCACACAACACAAAGAUGGGUUGAAAUUGUGACAGCAAUGAAGAAAAGUUCAAAAACCGUAGUAAAAUACAUUGUUCAUACCGUCUUGGAAACCCUUGAAAACCCGGGAAUUUUAACAGUCCUUUUUCAAGGCCUUGAAAGUCCUUGAAAUUCUCUUUUGCUCAUUUUGGUCCUUGAAAGUCCUUGAAUUUUAAUCGAAGUACAUUUGAUAAGAAGCAUCAUCACUAUCAUUAUCUUGUUCAUUAUGGAAGGUAAUUAUUUGAUAAGCACUCCCAAACGAAUUUUCAUAAAAAACGGUUGCCAUUAAGAAAAAAGGCCCAUUAUUAUCAGAUUAUUUUCAUAGUUUAUUUAGAACCUGUGUUAAAAGUAAUAAAUAAGGCCCUUGAAAUUUAAAAAUGUGGUCCUUAUAAGUCCUUUUAAACUCAUCGCCAAUAGAUGAGCUUAGGAACUGGUGCCUUAAAGGUUGGAGGGGAGCCUGAACGCCUCAGGCAUAGCAAGGAGGUAUCCAUGGCAACCCUGCGAGCGGGAACCACCCCUGCAAGCCGCCGCCAACUGACACCAUCACACUGAACGAAUUCGGUGGAAAAUACUCACCUGACCUAAUACUUACCAUUGCACAGAAGGGGAGGGACGGGCUGGGAGCCAGAAUCUGCAACAAUUCGCUAAUCAACAGAUCUGCAAAGAUCAGCUCAAAAAUGCCAGCGUGAGAUGCAACGUGAGUCACAAGUAAGCAAAAGGCCCCUGCGGACACCCCUCAGAUCAUGUACGCUUGAGGAGGAGACCGCUGACCACAUUGGCGUGCAAUUUAACUUUGCCUAAAUUACAUUUAGCCACAUGAAAAGUCCUUGAAUUUUAUGGCAGAAAAAGUGUAUGAACCCUGAAAAUACCAACAGGGAUGUGGCUUCACAGCCUCCUCAAUUAUGUGAAUCAUUGGGUUUUGGAAUUCAGAUUAGCAGAGACAUAUUUACCUUGCCCCCCUUGGAGGGCACCAGUAAUGGACACUUCUCUUUUAUUGGAUCCAAUCAUGGUCCCAGCCACCAACAAACACUACACUUUUAACCUUCCUUAUGAGGACAUGGGGUGUCUGCUAAGAGAGGUUUGAAUCACGUAUUUUAUCGAUUUUCAUUUCAGCGAGCAUUCUCCAUGGAUGAGCGUAUUGCGUGGGGUCUUAUUCCUAUCAAAGAAGAAGUGUUUUCAGGAGAAACACUUGAAGACUGGUACCCGUUAAGUGGCAAACAGGGAGAUGACAAGGAAGGAAUGAUCAACUUAGUUUUUGCUUACAGGGUAAAUAUUUCUUUGUAGUAAGUCCAUAAUCCUCACAACUUUAUUAAGGUUCUUAAACAGUUGAAACAUUUCUCAGGAAACACUUUGCAAUUUAUUAAGUGAAACUAAGGCAAGGUUAAAAUCCAUCCAAAGGGUUAGUGGGCUGGUAGCGCACUAAUAGGUACCUUUGCAUUGCCAUUUUGCUUGAGGGUUGGUUGGUAGGGAUCUUUAAGGGUGUUUGAUUACGCAAAAGCCAGAAGGAAAACCUGGAAGUAGUAAAUACCAGUUUUCUUGAUUUUCAGUAAAAGAGAACUUUUGAGCCAAAAAUUGUUCAAGAAAGUUUUGGCCUAAGUGUAGGGCCAUAGCUAGUAGGUGGCAAGAGAAGACACCCACUUAGAACUGCAAUUUGUUAAAAAUGAUUCUCAGAAAUUAUUUACAAUAGCAUGUCACAAAUGCAAAGGACUGAUUAGUAGUUUUAUACAUAAUAUUAUGAUGUAUGUUGCCUGCUCCAGUAAAUCCAUUGCUGCUUGACGUGAUUAAUACUCAGGCUUGAUAUAUGCUCAGGCUUUACAGCUCUCUCAAGUGAGUGACUUCUUCUUUCCCUGUGUAGAAAGUACCUGCACCACCUCCACAAGCAAUGAUCUACCCUAACAUGCCUGUCAUGAUGGUACCUCAGCCAGUGGUUCCAGGAACACAAGUGGUUUAUCCAGGGGGGUAUGGUCCUGGGCAGCCAGUACCUACUGGUCAGCCACCACAACAACCCCAACAAAGGCCCAUUAAUGAACAGGAUAUAGCAGGCUUGAAGGACAUGUUUCCCAAUAUGGAAGAGGGGGUCAUCCGAUCUGUUCUUGAAGCAAGUGGUGGAAGUGUUGAUGCAGCAACAACGCACUUACUCAGCAUGACAGACUCUUGAGUUAAUUAAGGCAUAAAGAGAUAAGCAUGUUCCUUUAUGAAAAUUGACUUUGCGUUCUUGAAGAGUUAAGUGGAAGGAACUGCUCCUAAUGAAUAGUUUUAGAAGCCACAUGAUCAUUAUUUUAAUGCUGAACAAUAGAAGCAUUAUUUUAAGUCAUUUCAAUCCACAAAAUGACAUUUCACCGUUUACAGGUGAUGAAAAUAUUCAUUUUGGUUACUUACUCAUAUUAUUGAUAGAAUCAUAAAUGAGAAUGAUGUAAAUUAUCAAACACAAGAAGAGUUGUUCUGCCCGAUAUCCAGACUGUAGUGGGUUAGUUUCCUAGCUAAUCUUUGCAAACCACUGCUUCAGGGCCUUAUGAAAUUUUGCCUAAAUGUUUGGCAGUGGUGACCACAGGGGUGACCAUAUCUGGGAAAUUAGCUGCCAGAUUGAUGACUAGAAUUCUUCAUCACACGUACUUAAAAACGUUGAGAAUUGUGAAGCCAGAAGGUGAGUUAGAAAUUAAAUAAAAAACUGAAGCAAAAUUGGGUAUUGAAACAUCUUCACUUGCUACCAUCUUGGAUGUCAAGUGGUUCAACCCCCAUUUAGACUACAAGUAGUCCCCCAUUUGUUCUCAGGGAUAAUAGAGUGAGCGAAAUGCAAGUGCACGUGAAAAUCACCCCAUGCGAGAAAAGGCGACACCCGCUGCGUAUUGCCUUUUCUCGCAUGGGGUGAUUUUCACGCGUGCUCACGUUUUGCUCGCUCUACUAUCCCUGAGGAAAAAUGGGGGACUACUCGUAGUAUAACCCCCAUUAUGUAAUGUAAUCUGUGGCAGACUGGAUGUUUCUAAUGUACACUAUGCAGCUAACAUCAUUUCCAAUUUGCAGUUUAAGAACCUGGGCCGGCUUGUUCAAAACAGGAUCAAGAUAACCUAGGGUUAGUGCAAAGUUUAAAUUCAGAUAUGAAGGCUUAAAAAGCAAGUUCAGUUUAAUUCUUUUUGUCUACAAUGCAAUGAUUUCAUGCCCUAAAACGAAAAGAAAAAAUAAUCUGAGAAAAUGCUUUUGAAUGGAAGAAUAAGAAAGUCAGAUUUAAACUUAAUCCCGGGAUGCUGCUAAUUGACCUUUGAACAACUUACUGGGCCCUGGUUAUAGUCGACUCUCUGUUAAUAAACACCUCACUAAAAAAGAUGCAUAGAGUUAGUCCUGCCUAUCUUCACUCCUCUUAGUUGACUCUCAACAAGACAGACAUCUUUCUAAGGUGGACUCAUAGUGCGGGUCCCAAAGGUGUCCAUCUUAAGCCUGGUUCUCAUAUGCAGUCAAGCUACCUGCGACAUAGCUGCUGGCACUGCCUGUGACACGAUUCCGCUAUGAGUCAACAGCAACUGAAGCUAUGUCAGUCUUUACCGCCAGCGUGCUUGCCCAAGGCUGUGCUCUAAGGAAAAUUGAAGGGAGCCCGGUGCUUUGAAACUUGGAAAUCUAGGGUGCCCAUCAUAUGAUUUGUAUGAAAAAUCUGAGAUUUUCUAGUCGCCAGGGGGCAAAAGUUAGGCGCCAGGGGCCACCGGGCUCUGUUAGAGCACAGCCCUGUUGCCAAGUUGGCUCAAGUUCGACUUUGCAGGCAUGCCGGCAGUAAAGAUCUGUGAUGUUUCUCGUUGCCGGUAGUAUUGAAGGCAGUACCAGUGGCUAUGUUGCAGGUACUUUGGUAGCAUAUGAGAACUAGGCUUUAGAGAGAGUUGACUGUACUGACUUUUUCAAAUGGCCACCACUUUGAAAUUUUAAGAUCCAUUAGUGGUUCCUGGAGAAAAAAAGGUUCAUUUUGCAUCCUGCACUAAUGUUUCUGGAUAUUGGAUGAAAUGUACCUUCAGUUGUUUGAUAUAACUUCUCAAAUGAUUGUUAAUUCUUGAAGAAAUUCAAAGUUAAAGUUUGAAAAAUGUUAAGGUAAUUUUAUUAUGAAUUUUUUUAAAAUAAAAAUCUGAUAUUCAAACCUCCUUUAUGGUGGAGAUUUUCUUUGUUUUAUCUUAAUUAGUUAUUAAUGAGUCUGGGAAAUAUUUUAGCAUCACUUUUAUACAAAGCAUAGAGCAUCUUCAUGUGACAUCAACUCUUCCAUGUUGGUGUAACAAGAAAAUGAAGUGAAGGCCAUGUUGGUGUGCCAAGGCAAUCCUAGCUGCCUGUAGCCUGCAUAGCUGGCGGGAUUGUUUGUGCGAGCAAAGUUUGGGCAGAGGAACUGUGAAACCAUGUGGGGAAUCAAGAAUGGCGGCUUUUCUGCCAAAAUUCUCACACGCGCAAAGACAAUUCCACCUGCUAGGCAAGCUAAGCUGCCUGUGGAGAACUCCUUUCUCAUGUAAACACCUUCUUAUGUUCAAAGAAACUUAAGAAGCUGUUGGUCACAUGGUUAAAAAUUCUCUGUAAGGUGAUUUUUAGCCUGAGUUUCACCUGACUCUUGGAAUCCCAGACUCCUGAGACAGACGGAGCUUGUGACUUGAGGAGACAGCAGAAAUUCAGGCUAGGUUAUUUUAGGAUUUCCAGUCUGCCAUAUAAAUAGAUAGAAACCAGCCCCAGCAAAGUCUUUAUAAUGGUAAAAAGAAUAAGCGAUUAUGUAACUAUCUGUAAGUCAUAUCUAGAGGCUUGCAAUAGUUCAAUAGAUUUUUUAAUAAAAUUUUCUCAAAGU